AUGUCAUCACAGUGGAAAAGCACCCCCAGAUCUAUCAAGAUUGACGAGGAGACACUGCCAACUUACCAACCUGAGAAGCACUACCCGGUCAGCCAGGGCGAGAUACUCAAUGAGCGGUAUCAAACACUUGCCAAGAUAGGAUACGGGGUAACUUCGACGGUUUGGCUUGCGAAAGACUUGAUCACAUCAUCAUAUGUUGCUCUGAAAGUUUACGUUACGGGCCACAACCGGGACCAUGACCGAGAGCUGGACCUCUACAAGCAUAUGAAUUCGGUGGAAACGAAGCAUCCGGGCAGGAACUUGAUUCGAAAACUCCUCGACUAUUUUUAUAUUCAGAGCCCGCAUGGCCGCCACGUCUGUCUGGCUCACGAGCCCCUUGGGACGAGCGCGAAUGUUUUGAUAAAGAUGUCUCCUGGGCAUGUGAUGACUCUUGAUGAUAUGAAGCCUGGUAUUCGACAGCUACUUAUCGCGCUAGAUUUCUUGCAUUCGGAAUGUCAUGUUAUUCAUACUGAUCCAUCGCCCAGAAAGAUACUCAAAGAUCGAACUAUCUACAAGACAUUAAGUUUCAUUCCAAGAGGCGGGCUGCCUCUCCUCGCCGAUUUCGGGGAAGCUCGAAUAGGCGAUGAAGAGCACAACGAAGAUAUCAUGCCCAAUGUCUACAGAGCUCCUGAAGUGAUUUUGAGAUCAAAGUGGAGCUAUAAAGUAGAUAUAUGGAAUAUUGCCAUGGUCGCCUGGGACAUCGUCAGCCCCCGCACCCUCAUCAACGGCAAAAACCCAAGCGGCGUAUUCGAUGACCGCGUCCACAUGGCAGAGCUAGUCGCCCUGCUAGGCCCCCCACCGCCUGAAUUCCGGGAACAAAGACACCUCAGUUCGGUCUUCUGGGAUGAGUCGGGGGACUGGAAGGAAGUAGUCCCCCUUCCAGAGAUCACCCUGGAGAGCCUUGCUGAGAUGGUUAAAGGGGAAGACAACGAAGGGUUUUUACGCUGGCUACGGAUGGCUUUGCAGUGGGACCCGCGGGACCGGCCGACGGCUUUGGAACUCUUGUAUGAUGAGUGGUUGAUGGAGGGGUUGGGGGAGUGA